AUGAAGUCCUCCAAGGCGUCUCAGCGCUACAGAAGCAUCCGGAGAAACACGAGCCAGCACUGCCCCUACCAGGAGUCCCUGCUGCUCAGCAAGUUGGAUGACAGCUUUAAUGCUGAUGAAACAGGGGACAGCAAUGAUCCAGAACAAAUCUUCCAGAAUAUUCAGUUCCAGAAAGACCUCAUGGCAAAUAUUCGCUGCAGACCCUGGACCAUGAGGCAGAAGCUGGGCGCACUGAGGCGAGCCAAGGAGAUUGUGCUGAAGUUCGAAGGGAGGCUGACCAGGACCCGAGGCUACCAAGCGGCAGGUGCAGAGCUCUGGCGGAAGUUUGCACGUGUGGCCUGUAACUUCAUGGUCAGCUUCAUCCCCUGGGAGAUGAGGAUAAAGAAAAUCGAGAGUAAGUGUGGAUCUGGGAUGUGCAGCACUUCGCGGGCCGGGGGGACCUAGGGGACCAGCCACCCCUUUUCUUCUGUCCCCUCCCCCGCCGAGGACCCCGUGACACCCCAUUCUCUCCCACAGCUCAUUGCAGGCCAGCCCUUCGGGAGCACAGACAGCAAGUCCAUCCCCAAGGAGAGUGUUGUUUCUGCCCAAGACCUGGACACCGUCUGGUCCCUGGGGGGCUAUCUGCAGUACUCUGUCCUCUUCUACGGCUACUACGGCAGGGAGAGAAAGAUCGGGAGAGCCGGCUACCGGCUGCCCCUGGCCUACUUCCUGGUGGGGAUGGCCGUGUUCGCCUACAGCUUCAUCAUCCUCUUGAAAAAGAUGGCCAAGAACUCCCGCAUGAGCCUCGCCAGAGCCUCCAAUGAGAACUACACGUUCUGCUGGCGGGUGUUCUGCGCCUGGGACUACCUCAUCGGAAACCCAGAGGCCGCGGAGAGCAAGACGGCCGCCAUCGUGAACAGCAUCCGGGAGGCCAUCCUGGAAGAGCAGGAAAAGAAGAAGAGCAAAAACCUGGCCGUGACCGUGUGCCUGAGGAUUGUGGCCAACGUCCUGGUGCUUCUGUCGCUCGCUGGAAGCAUCUACCUCAUCUACUUCGUGGUGGACCGGUCCCAGAAGCUGGCGCAGUCCAAGAAGGAGCUGACGCUCUGGGAGAAGAACGAGGUGAGCGUGGUCGUGUCCCUGGUCACCAUGCUGGCGCCGUCGGCCUUCGACCUCAUCGCCGCCCUGGAGAUGUACCACCCGCGGACCGCCCUGCGCUUCCAGCUGGCGAGGGUCCUCGUGCUGUACCUGGGGAACCUCUACAGCCUGAUCAUCGCUCUGCUGGACAAAGUGAACGGCAUGAGCUCUGACGAAGUUGCCACCAAUAGCAACAUGAGCCACUGGACAGGCUCUGCCACCUUCUCCCCCACCAGUGCGACCCCGGGACGGGAGGAAUGGUCCACACGCGGGCCCGGGCCAGGGCUCGGGAGGAACAGCACAUGGGCCCCAGAGGAGGCUGGCGUUCCCACCUUCCCUUGGCCCCUCCCGGAGGCCAACAGGACCCCCGUCUACACCCAGAGUCCGCAGGACCAGUGCUGGGAGACAUACGUCGGGCAGGAGAUGCUGAAGCUUUCUAUCAUCGACAUGCUCUUCACCGUGGCCAGCAUUCUGCUCAUUGACUUCUUCCGAGGACUUUUCGUCCGCUACCUAAGUGACUACUGGUGUUGGGACCUGGAAAGCAAGUUUCCUGAAUAUGGGGAAUUCAAAAUAGCAGAGAACGUGUUACAUUUGGUCUACAACCAAGGGAUGAUUUGGAUGGGGGCCUUCUUCUCUCCCUGCCUCCCCGCCUUCAACGUGCUCAAGCUGGUGGGCCUCAUGUACCUGCGGAGCUGGGCCGUGCUCACCUGCAACGUGCCGCACCAGCAGGUGUUCCGGGCCUCCAGGUCCAACAACUUCUACCUGGCGAUGCUGCUGUUCAUGCUGUUCCUGUGCAUGCUGCCCACCGUCUUCGCCAUCGUCCGGUACAAGCCGUCGCCGAAGUGCGGGCCCUUCAGCGGACAAGACCACAUGUACGAUGUCGUGUCGGAGACCAUCCAGGAGGACUUCCCCGCCUGGUUCCGCUCCGUGGCCGAGCACGUCAGCAGCCCCGUGGUCAUCCUGCCGGCUGUGUUGCUGCUGUUCAUGCUCAUCUACUACCUUCAGAGCAUCGCAAGGUCCUUAAAGCUCAGCAACCAGCAGCUCCGAAUGCAGAUCCAAAACGCCAGAUCUGAAGACAAGAGAAAGGUUGCCCAACUGGCAGAGGCCCGAAGCCAAAGCCAAGACCAAAGCACCAAGAGGCUUCCAGAGGACAGCGACCUUGGCAGCCAGGUGUCCUCAGCUCAGGCGGGGACACCCCCGAGCAACGGCGCUGUGGUCACUGUGGACUCACGCAGCAGCAGGAGUGGCAGGGCAGAGGCCGCUGCCCAGCGCACGCCCCCGAGUCCGACGCCGGGCCCCGGCAGCCCCCGCCCAUCCCUCCCCGGCACGUCCAAGCCCAGGCCAGAGCAGGACAAGAACAGGCGUCCCCGAGGCCCCCGUGUGGGUGCAGGUGCCCGGUGCCAGAGCGGCCCCCGCUCGCCCGUGAUGCUGACGAGGCACACUGAGGACGCUCGCUCAGAACCGCCGUUCCGCAGAGACGUCCGGCAAAUCACCCCUCCUCUUGGCGCACGGGGACCCUCGGCCCCGGUGCUGCGUGGCCACAGGCCCCAGGCCCCCAGAUACCACAUCAUUAAUGAACGAGACCCUCCCAAGACGUCCCCUCCGGCUUUCUGGGCAGAAAGACACUUCUGGAUCAACGCCCCGGGGCACACGGUGGAGGUGUGCCCUAGGAGCACGCGGCAAGGUGUGUGCGGGGGCCCCGUGCAGGGUGGCUCUCCAGAGCUGAGCGAGGAAGAGGAGCGUGCCCGCGAGCCAACGGGAGGUCCGUUUCGCCCACACUGCCCGGCCGGCCUCCGGGGGGCUCCUCACUUCUAUGUUGGCGAAAGGCCCCGGAGGCAGACACCGGUCCCCGAGCACCAGGGGAGGGUGCCCCACAGGUCCUGGAGUGGUGGUCUUGAGGCUCCACUCGACAGGCCCGCGACCGUGCACAGGAAGCCACGCCCCCAGAACCCCCAGGGCCCACCGCACCCCCCGGGCCUCGGACGCAAGCCCGAGCUGGAGCCGUGGCUCUCGGAGUCGGAUUCAGUGUCCGCGGCAUCCAGUGGCGACCAGCAGCUCGGCAGCCAUGAGUGGGACUGGCCGGUCCCCCAUGGCAAGGGCAGGUCCCCAAGGCCGGCACAGCAGCUGGGCAGGAGGAAGGCCCCAUCCAGGCAGGAGCUGAUGGUGGAUCUGAACGACCUGGUUUGUUCUGACGUCUAGGGGCCUCAUCCGGUCGGAGCCCGGUCGGAGGGCUGGUCUGGUGGUCUGAGGGCGAACGGCCCUUCCCCUCCUGGAGG